AUGCACGCCUGCCUGCAGGUUCCAGAGAUUUUGAGAAUGAUUUUUGAGGAAGUAACACAGGUCACGAAUAGCGUCGUACGGCCAUCAUAUGCCACUCUGUACCACCUGGCGAUGACAUGUCGAGCUUUCCGAGGGCCGGCACUGGACCUUCUAUGGGCGCACAUACCAACGUCGGACGUGCUUGUCCUAUGCCUGCCUCAGGACGCUCGUUCUCAACCCAUACGAGAAUUGACCCUGGAGAGUUUCGACCAGUUCGAAUGCACGCCUUCCGGAAUCGCUGCAGCAUUCAGGGUGAGGCUUCUCAGACCCUUGACCGAUGAUGAUUGGGCUACCUUUCGAAUGUAUGCGCGUUGCGUGCGCUCGCUCACUUUCGAAGAGUAUGUUGUUGAGUCCUACAACAUGAUGAGAGAUCAUGGGCUGCACGAUAGCACCACGCUUGCUCUCCUGGGCCCAUCUGCUUCCUCGCCCCCGCCGUUUCCUUUGCUCCGCGAGCUGUGCUGGUAUGACAAGCGCGAUGUGCUUCUGCCUUGCCUGCAGCGCUGCAUUUCCACAACCCUCACUCGACUAGUUAUUCAUUCGGAGCUUUGGCCAUCAGAAAUGGUCAAUCUCGUCGCAGGCCUGGGCAAGACUUGCCCCAAGAUCAAGGAAUUUCGUUGUUCGAUGCCGACCGCUAGUGCAUGCGCCAUGCUUUCUGACCUCGUCACUUGCUGGGAUGAUUUGGAGAUCUUGGAGACAGGAGCAGUGAAUGCGCAGGCAUUGCAGCAUCUUGCGUCCCUGGAGAAGUUGAGGGAGCUGAAGAUGCUCGUGCCAGAAGGUUACAGCUUGAACCUGGAGCCGACAUCGACGUUCAGCGUCAUGUUUUCGAUGGACAAGUUCAGUAUAACUGCUGCAAGUACGGAGCUGCUUCUCGCUUUUUUAGUGCCCUUGCAAAUUUCCGCGAAGAGUGCGCAUUUGAACAUCGACACAACUUCAGACGUGUUUUAUCUCGACCAGCUACUUUCCUCCCUCACAGAGCACUUCAAUCCCAACGUUUUAGAAUCGUUGGAUGUUGAGGUGGAUCGCCCCACUGACCCCACCAAUCACGCCCUCUUCGAACUGACUGCUUCUGCUUUCCGAAAUAUCCGGGGCUUCACACAGCUCACCAAUCUCAAUCUCAGUUCAAUGCAUGUCUCUAUCACCGACGACGAAGUUCUAGACCUUGUUUCCGCUUGGCCAAAAAUAGAAAAUCUUUACCUUGACACGGCCUGGGACUGGGGAGUUGCCCACUUGAAAGUGACGUUUCGCGGGCUUGCGGGUAUCCUCGAACGCUGUCCAAAUCUGCGCUCCGUAGGGGUCAACCUAGAUACCUCAGCUCUCCACGACUCACCUUUCUACGUUAAUAAUCGAUACACUGGCAUCAUCAGGGAGAAAGUCACUGACCUAAAUGUUGGGUCUGCGGAAUGCGACGAUGUCGAGGCCAUUGGCAAUCUGCUAGCUGGGAUGUGUCCUAACUUGAUUCGCAUCUCUCGUGCGAGCUUUAAUGUUGAUUCCGACAAUCCUUCCAUUCAUGAUGAAUGGUCGGAAGGAGGUGAAAGAUGGAAAAAGGUCGAAGGUUUCAUCGUUCAGAAGAGAAGUAAGCAACUGGAGCAGAACAAUGGAUUAUACACCAGCGGUGUCUGAUGUAAAGAAUUGGUGCUGCUCACGCAAACGAAUUGU